AUCUUUGGUAUACUUCUCCAAUCACAUUAAAAGUGGUUUUCUGACAUGGCUCGAGGGCCAAGGAGAGGGAUAAUCAUGCACGAAAAUCUAACUCUAACAAUGCACCGUCCAUUUCCUUUGACCUCGCAUGGUAACUGUCCAUACAUUCACAACCACGAUUACAACACGGCCGAAAAAUCAAAUACCUGUAGAAAAUAAAAGAAAACGAGGUCGUGUCUGUCGUAGAUAUGUGUAAAAACCAAAUAAAAGAGGCCAAAAUAUGAGAUAACAAAACCAAAAAGACAUGGCUUCUUCUUCUUCCAAAUCCCCUCCUCCACCUCACCAAUCCCCUCGUUUCACUCCGAUUCAAGAAUGUGAAAGGGAGGAACAAGAAGAUACUACCCCAAGUGUGAGCAAGAACAAAGGGGUGAUGCCAAAGCACCCCACAACACCCCUCCAUGACAAAAACAUUGGAAAAGCCAACAAUGUCAGGAAACGUCAGGAAUCUGGGGAAAAUGGCGGUGGAGAUGGUUCGGUUUCUUGUAACAAGUGCAGGCCACACUCUAGGGAGAAGAUCUCCGUGGUUCCUUUGGAUAACAAUGGAGUUAACAAGCACUUCUUUUCCAUGGCAAGUCCUAAUAGGAUUUUCAAGUCCAUUUUCCAUUCUUUAACAAGAAAGAGUCCGAAAUCAACCGAUAUGUCUACAGCCAGAGAAGAGCAGUGGAAAAUUGCUGUUGCUGAACUCUCACACAAGCUUAUUCAAGCUACAAGAAAGAGAGACGAAGCAUUGCUGGAAGCUUCAAGAUUGAAAGAUUCCAUGGCUGUGGUUGAGAAGAAGCUUAACAAGCUUGAAGUUUACUAUCAUAAUCUGAAGUCUGGUCUUGACGAAUGUAAUAGAAACUCCCCUUAUAGAAUUGGUAAAGGUCAUGAUAUUCAUCAAGCGAAGAAUCAAGAUGAAGUUAUUGAAGCUAAUGAAAAAGUGGUUCAACAAUUCUUGGCCUCUGUCUCUGAAGCUAGGUCUUCUAUCAGUAUUCUAAGUAAAUCACUCACAAUGCAAUUAAGGCUCAUGGGUAGCAAAGUUUGUGAGAGAAUAUCUGAGCUUUUACAGCCUUAUGAUAUGAAGAUUUCUUACUCGAAGAACCCCAAAAGCCUUCUUCUUUACCUCGAAGCUUUGUUGAACAAGGCUUUCUUCGAAGAUUUUGAAUCAAUUGGGUUUCAAAAGAAUGCAGUGAACCAAAUAUUGAACCCUAUUGAUCGUUGUGAAGCCAAUUACGGGUCAUUCAAUGAUUUACAAGGUUUAAAAUGGGAGGAGGUUCUGAAUAAGGGGACAAGGCAUUUCAAUGAGGAGUUCAGCAAGUUUUGUGACAGGAAAAUGAGUGAAGUUGUGGCUAUGUUGGGGUGGAAUAACAAAGCUUGGCCUGAGCCAUUGUUGCAAGCCUUUUUUGGUGCGUCAAAGAGUGUGUGGUUGGUGCACCUUUUGGCCAACUCGGUGCAUCCUGGCUUGCCAAUCUUCAGGGUGGAUAAUGGGGUGAGGUUUGAUUCAUUCUACAUGGAGGAUAUGGGUAGAGAAAGAACCAGAAAUUUGGUUCCAAGCAUGGUUCGGAUCAUGAUCACACCAGGGUUCUAUGUCUAUGGCAAUGUGGUCAAGUGCAAGGUUAUAUGCAGGUAUUACAACAAUCCGGACAGCAGUUUAACUGGCAAGAGUUUAACCCCAUCUCCUUAGUGUUUAAAUUUAAUUAGGUUGAGUUCUAAAUUAAAUUUCAUUUGAUUAGUUUUGCACGUUGUAAUAUUUUGAUUCUAGUUUAUAUGUGAUAAAUGGGCGAACAAGAUUUCUUUUGAGUUUUUGGGGGUAUGAAUACAUUCAGUCAAGGGAUAGGGGGGUUCACGGAUUAAACUAGAUAUCAUUUGUAUGUCAUUUGUUUUAGUUGAAUAUAUCACUUG